GACUGCCCGCCGGGCUCCCAGGACUUCCGAGAGCUGCAGUGUGCCGAAUUCGAUAACGUCCCCUUCCGAGGGAAGUACUACACCUGGAAGACGAGGUGUGAAAGCCUGUUCCCUCAACUGCUUGGCCGAGGGUUUCAACUUCUACACCGAGCGAGCUGCGGCCGUGGUGGAUGGGACGCCGUGCCGGCAGGACUCCAACGAUAUCUGUGUCAACGGGGAGUGCAAGCACGUGGGCUGCGACCGUGUCCUGGGCUCUGACUCAAAGGAAGACAAGUGUCGUGUGUGUGGGGGAGAUGGCAGCUCCUGCGAGACCAUCGAGGGCGUCUUCAACCAGUCCCUGCCGGAGGGAGGUUACGAGGAGGUGAUCCAGAUUCCCAAGGGCUCUGUCCACAUCGACAUCCGGGAGCUGAACCUCUCCAUCAACUACCUAGCGCUGAGAGGGGAGACGGGCGAGUAUUACAUCAACGGGAAGCUCUCCAUCGACCCUCCCCGGCGCUUUGACAUCGCAGGCACAACAUUCCACUACAGGAGGUCCCCAGAGGAGCCUGAGUCCCUGGAGGCUUUGGGACCCACCAACGUCACCCUCUUUGUCAUGGUGCUCGUGCGGACGGAGCUGCAGGGGAUCCGCUACAAGUUCAACGCGCCCAUCGGCAGGGAUACCUCCAACCAGUAUUCCUGGCACUACACCCCGUGGACUAAAUGCUCAGUGCUGUGUGCAGGGGGCAGCCAGAUCCAAUCUGUGGUAUGUAAGAAACUUUCUGAUGGCUCAACUGUCUACAACCAUUUCUGUAGCCCUGAAACCAAAAUGCCAGAGCGGCAGAGGUCAUGCAACACCGAACCAUGCCCCCCGGC